AUGAAAACAGCUUUUUACGUUACUGUGGGAGCCGCUGCCGCGGUUGCCCAGGCCCAUGCGAUUGCCAAGCGUGCCGUGACUGAUGCCGAUAUCCUCAAUUAUGCCCUGACACUUGAGCACCUGGAGGCAACCUUCUACGCUGAGGGUCUCCAGAAUUACACUAAGGCCGACUUUGUCAAUGCUGGAUACGCUGACUCAUUCUACGACAACUUGAUGACAGUUGCCGCAGAUGAGAAGGCGCAUGUCAAAUUUCUAACUAGCGCUCUCGAAGCCGCUGGUGCUCCUGCUACUGCUGAGUGUACUUAUGCUUUCCCGGCCACCGAUGUAGACAGCUUUGUGGCCCUCGCCAACGUCCUUGAGGGGGUGGGUGUCAGCGCCUACCUCGGAGCGGCUGCUUCCAUUGCGAACAAGGAGUACCUCACCGACGCGGGCUCUAUCCUAACUGUUGAGGCCCGGCAUAGCUCUUACCUCCGGGCUGCUGCUGGGGAGGUUCCCUUCCCCCAGCCUUUCGACAACCCUCUUGACUUUGAUGAGGUCUACACUGUUGCAUCUCCAUUCAUUGUGUCAUGCCCUAACAGCAAUCCUGCUCUGCCUGUCAAGGCAUUCCCUUCUUUGACUAGUACUUCCCUCGGCACGCUUUUGCCAGGUUCCAAGGUCUCUCUCGCUACCGGAGAGGGUUUCAUGGCUAAGGGAACUGUCUACGCCGCCUUCAUCACUGUCACUGGUCCAAUCUGGGCUAUUGUCACUCCUUCUGAUGCCGGCUAUUCCGUUACAAUCCCCCGUGGAGUCGCAGGUCAGAGUUAUGUCGUACUUACCUCUUCCAAUGAUAAGGUCUCUGACGAUAAUAUCAUUGCUGGGCCUGCAAUUCUCGAAAUCGGUGAGAAGAAUGGCCGUCUGUCCACUGACUGUACUGGUGGUAACAACAAUACCUCGUCUUCUACCAAGUCCGCUCAUGCUGGUGGUUCUGGACAGCCUACUGGGAAGCCCUCGCGUACCUCUCAAGCUAAGGUCUCAUCCGUCCCUGGGGCCGGCCCAUCCAGCUCAGCCUCAACAGUCCCUAGCGCUGGUGCCUUCUUCACUGGUGCUGCCUCAAGUGUAAAGCCUACCGCCGGCUUCCUUACUGUCGUGAUGGGUGUUCUCUAUCUUCUGUAA